UAUGAGCUGACCACCGUGCCUAUCACUACGCAAUUUCUGUAGGACGAUACGAGAAUUCGAGAAUUCAGACACGAUCUUCCGCGUUUCCUCCAUCCCGCCCCUUACUUCUUCUUUGCUUCCGGAAAUAACUCCAGUAUUACUCUGCACGAAACUCAAGAUACUAUGGCGGCUGAGGAACCGAACAUAGUUAAGGAAACCUUGCUUAUCACAGGCGGGGGAGGUUACUUUGGACACCGCCUGGGCUGUGCCCUCCAUAAAAAGGGGGCGAGAGUCAUUCUGUUUGAUGUCCACCCGCCUAUCCAGAGCAUUCUGAAAGGAAUCACGUUUAUACAAGGAGACAUUCGGAACUAUCCAGAGGUGGAGAAGGUGCUGAGGGACACAGAUUGCGUUUUCCACUUGGCUUCUUAUGGGAUGUCAGGUAGAGAGCAGCUCAACCGAAAACUGAUCGAAGAGGUGAAUGUGAGAGGAACGGAGAACGUGAUCCAGGCCUGCUUGAAAAACGGGGUACCGAGACUGGUCUACACAAGCACAUUUAACGUGGUGUUUGGGGGCCAGGUUAUAGAGAAUGGAGACGAGUCUCUCCCAUACUUGCCUCUCCACCUCCAUCCAGACCACUACUCCAGGACCAAAUCUAUAGCGGAAAUGGCCGUGCUCAAAGCAAAUGGCGCUGUGUUGGAAAGCGGGAGCGGUAUUUUGAGAACCUGCGCCCUCCGCCCAGCUGGGAUCUACGGGCCUGGGGAGCAGAGACACCUGCCUAGAGUUGUCAGCUACAUUGAAAGCGGGGUCUUUAAGUUUGUCUAUGGGGACCCAAACAGCCUGGUGGAGUUCGUCCAUGUUGAUAACCUGGUGGCAGCUCACGUGCUUGCAGCCCAAGCCCUGGCAGCUGAAAAAGAGCACAGAGCCGCCGGCCAGCCCUACUUCAUUUCCGACGGGAGGCCGGUCAACAACUUUGAGUUUUUCCGCCCUCUAGUGGAAGGUUUGGGGUACACAUUCCCCAGGGUUCGCCUCCCACUCUCCCUGAUAUAUUUCUUUGCAUUUCUGACAGAAAUGGUCCACUUUCUCGUUGGCCGCUUUUAUAAUUUCCAGCCUUUGCUGACUCGCACUGAGGUCUACAAGACAGGGGUCACUCACUACUUCAGCAUGAGCAAGGCUAAGGAAGGGCUGGGCUAUGAGCCCCAGGAAUACAGCAUGGAGGAGGUUGUAGAGUGGUUUAAAGUGAAUGGCCAUGGAAGAAAGUCUAGCCUCUACUCCUUUAAAAAGCUGGUACGGGAUAUUUUACUUGUGGCUGCACUUGCUGCUAUAGCCUUUUCUUGCAUUCCAGUUGUAGGUUCAUAACUAUACUGAACAGUCAAUUUUGUAUGCUUAACAACAGAGCGUUUUGCUAGGAGCGUGGAAUGGACUGAGCGGAGUGUGAGCGCAAAAAGUUUCUGGCACCGCUCCCUCUCCAACACCCGCUUCAAAUCCGCCCCCCCCCCCCCCCCCCCCCCCCAAGUUUGGCUGGCGACCUGAGCAGUGCACAUGUUGUGUGCGUGUCAUUAGUAGGUUUCUUUUUUUUACACGCCCAUUUGCCUAGUAGUUUAAUUUUAUGUAUUUUGUGGCUAUAUUAUUAUUAUUAUUAUUAUUAUUAUUAUUAUUAUUAUUAUUAUUAUUAUUAUUAUUAUUAAUCUAAGCGUAUCAUAGCCUACGGCAUAUACCUCAGGUAACUAAAAAAAAGUUUUAUAGCUCUUUCGUAUACAUUUUGGAAAUGAUUUACACUAGCAGUGGAGCUGGCUGCAGAAUUAGAAGCACCGGAGCGGACUGG